AUGCAAGAUAUUGUGCUCGCGCAGGUCGCCAAGUUCGGCGGCGCCGCAAAUUUCUCCUGCGGCGUGGCCGCAAUCACCGGUCUUCUGUUACACUGGCUUUACUUCAUCCACGGUCCCAAGAGCAUGGACGCCCCAAGCAUCGUGGCAUUCCAUGCUGUUGCGCUAUCUAUGCUACUUGCGAGAACGGUUCUAUCUUACGGCUUCUACAACGGACUGAUAGUCUACGCGGCCAUAUCAGGAUCGUACUUCGCCGCCCUCUACACAAGCAUCGGGGUCUAUCGCGUCUUCUUCCAUCCCCUUCGCAAGUUCCCGGGCCCGUUCCCCGCUAGGAUCACCAAGUUCUACUCGAUGUGGGCCAACCGAGAUUGGAAAUUACACGAUCGAAUCCUGAAGCUUCAUGAGAACCUCGGAGAUGUCGUUCGGCUCGGUCCAAAUGAAAUAUCGGUGUCGGAUAUAGACACCUACAUCAAAUUCCACGGCCCGCAGUCAAAGGUAACCAAGAGAUGGACUGGGUUUUACGGCGCUCUUGCUUCAAAACACGAGCUGAACCUCGACGCCAUUUGGGAAAACGAGGCGCAUCGGGAUCGACGAAGGGUCUGGGACACAGCACUAGGGACAAAAGCUCUGGAACGGUACGAGGAAGAGACAAGAGCAGUUCUGCGCGCUUGGCUAGGCCGCAUCGAAGAGGUCGAAGGCAAACCCAUUGACACCGCCCUCUACGCCAAGCUGAUCCCUUUCGACAACAUGGGCCGCGUCGGCUUCAGUCACAAUUUUGGCACGGUGCAAGAUGGCCGCGACGACCGAAUGCUCGAGCUCAUCGAGACAUCCUUCAAAUUGGCUGCCCGGAUGGGUGGGAUUUCGUGGCCGCUGAUGCUGCUCUCAAGCAUUCCCCGUUUUGGAAUGGUGAAGGAGUUUGAAGGUCUUGGGGCGCGGUUGGUGGAUGAGAGAAUGGCCACCGACUCCGAACAGUCCCACGACAUGAUGAAGUACUUUCUUGACGACUACAAGUCAGAGAAGCGAAAGUCUUUUCGCAACAUCAAUGUCCUGUACUCCGACUCAUUGGCCAUCCUCAUCGGGGCAACAGAUACAAUCUCUUGCGCAUUGGGAUAUUCCUUCUACUUCCUCGCCAAAGACCCGAAGCUCCGCCAGCGUCUCUACGACGAAACCGCCCCAGCGCACAGCAAAACCGUGCCUGGAGAGUUUGCUGUCGCCGAUCUAGCAAAGAUUGAGUACCUCGAUGCCUUCAUCAACGAGACACUGCGCAUGCACCCCCCGGCCGCGACCAACGGGCCUCGAGUCGUGCCUCCUGAAGGUGUUACCUUGGCAGACGGAACGUACAUCACCGGUGGCGUGACAGUCUUUACCCCGUUGCAUGUGUACCAACGAAGUUCCAAGUACUGGAAACAGCCACACGAGUUCAUCCCCGAGCGCUGGACCACUCGCCCGGAUUUGAUCAUCGACCGACGAGCGUUCGUUCCCUUCCACUACGGCCGCUUUGAUUGUGUGGGUAAACGGCUCGCGAUGAACGUCAUCCGAAUGACCGUGGCCUACACGCUCUGGAAUUAUGAUUUUGAAGUCGCGCCGGGUGAGGAUGCAGAGAGACUUCACAGAGAGUCAAAGUUCCAAUUGAUUGUGAAGCCGGGCAGUUUGAAUUGCGUGUUCAAGAAGCGACCUGAAGCUGGCUCGUCAUGA